CACUUAACUGGACAUGAGUGGGAUGGCAUCAGACCACAACACUUCCUCCCAGGAAGAAUACGUCCCACAUUAUCUCCAGAAGGGAGACCCUUUUGCAUCAAAGCUUUCUAGAGAAGCUGACAUCAUAGCUGGCUUUUAUUUGACAGUAAUUGGGAUCCUUUCAACCUUGGGAAAUGGGUAUGUUAUUUUUAUGUCCUCAAAGAGAAAAAAGAAGUUGAGACCUGCUGAGAUAAUGACUGUUAAUUUAGCAGUGUGUGAUCUGGGCAUUUCAGGUAAACCUUUCAGUAUCAUCUCCUUCUUCUGUCACCGCUGGAUGUUUGGAUGGAUAGGCUGCCGCUGGUAUGGAUGGGCUGGUUUCUUCUUUGGCUGUGGGAGCCUUAUUACCAUGACAGCUGUCAGCCUGGACAGGUACCUAAAAAUCUGCCACUUGUCCUAUGGUACCUGGCUGAAGAGACAUCAUGCAUUUGUCUGUCUGGCAAUAAUCUGGGCCUAUGCCAUGUUCUGGGCUACGGUGCCUUUUGCUGGGGUGGGGAGCUAUGCCCCUGAGCCAUUUGGAACCUCCUGCACUCUGGACUGGUGGCUGGCACAGGCUUCGGUGGCUGGACAGGUUUUUGUUCUCAGUAUUCUCUUCUUCUGCCUCCUGCUCCCAACUGCGGUGAUUGUGUUUUCCUAUGUCAAGAUAAUUUUGAAAGUCAAAUCCUCCACCAAAGAAGUCGCUCACUACGAUACCAGGAUUCAGAACAGCCACAUACUUGAAAUGAAGCUGACCAAGGUGGCAAUGUUGAUCUGCGCAGGGUUCCUCAUUGCCUGGAUCCCCUACGCCGUGGUCUCAGUCUGGUCAGCCUUUGGACAGCCGGAUUCAGUUCCCAUUCAGUUUUCAGUGGUACCAACACUGCUUGCAAAGUCAGCAGCCAUGUACAACCCAAUUAUUUACCAGGUCAUAGAUUGUAAAUUUGCCUGUUGCCGGUCAGGAGAACUGAAAGCGAAGAACUCUUUGAAGAAAUCAAGGACAUACACCAUAUCUGCACACAGAGACUCGAUGGUGAUGAACGAAACCCAGCUGGAAGCAUGAAGGCUCAUUUCA